CAACCUCUCCACCUCUGUCUGUCCCCCACACUGCAGCAGAAUGGCUCCAAAGAAAGUGGAACCAAAAAAGACAGAGGUGAAGAAGGUGGAGGCGAAGAAAGAGGAGCCUCCUCCACCUCCCAAACCAGCAGAGCCAGAGCCCAAACCUCCAGAGGUUGACCUGAAGAGCAUCGUGGUGGAGUUCACUCCAGACCAGAUAGAGGAGUUCAGAGACGCCUUCACACUGUUUGAUGAGACACCAACAGGUGAGAUGAAGAUCACCUAUGCCCAGUGUGGAGACGUGAUGCGAGCACUGGGUCACAACCCAACCAACGAUGACGUGAUGAAGCUGCUGGGCAGACCAAAGGCUGAGGAUAUGUAUGUCAAGCUGCUAGAUUUCGACAGCUUCCUACCCAUGCUGCAGCACGUGGCGCGCUCCAAAGAGCAGGGCAACUUCGAAGACUUUGUGGAGGGUCUGAGAGUCUUCGACAAGGAAGGAAAUGGCACAGUAAUGGGGGCCGAGCUCCGUCACGUCCUCGCCACGCUUGGAGAGAAGAUGACGGAGAAAGAGGUGGACCAGUUGAUGGUGGGACAGGAGGACGCCAACGGACACAUCAACUACACAGAGUUUGUUAAACAUAUUCUGGCUGGAUAGAAAAGAACUGUGAUGACUUUUUAUCUGAGGCUUUUUCUCCUCAGUGUCAUAGAAAUAAAUCUGACUGCCCAUCACAAA